AUGUCGCAGUUCUUUAGCUACGGACAUAACAGCCACGCAUCGCACCUUAACGCCCAUACACACAACCACCAUGGCGGCCGAUCGCGGAGGGCGCCCCGGCUCUCGGCAUCACAGAACCACAAGCAGUUCCGUCAAGCACGCACACCCAAGGAGUUCGUCGUAGAGCCGCCAACCAUGCUCGCGUUCCGUCGCGACUUCGAGGCUGCUAGGUCGUUCGAUCUCGAGGACGACGAGCUCUUUUGCCCGUUCCAUCUGCUCACGGAAGACGAUCUUCAAUCUAUUCACUCUUCCGGCUCCGAUCGCUCGUCGUUGUCGAGCGGCUCCCCUGAACAAUCUCCGCUCCAGCAUCAGCUCCAACCGACUCCUUCCUUCGUCUUGUCUUCUGCUCCCAAUCCUUACACGCCGGCGGGUUUCCAAUCGAACAACUCGUCGCAGACAAAACUCCACCAGCCACUAGCUCAACGAACCCGCAAUGCCAUUCCCAUCGUCGACCCAUCCACGCGCGCUGUUGCUAGCCCGCCCCCAUCUGUGUCCCCCAACCGACAGAUGCAGCAACAGUACCGACGCUGGUAA